AGUGUUGCCUCAAGCUUAGGUGAAAAUUUUGGAAUUAAUGUGGGGAUCGUUUUGGGUGGAAGAACUAAGCAAAAAAUGCUACAUCCACGCAUGUCUCAGCAUCACCUUCUCAUAGCAACCAUUGGUGCUUUAUCUAAACUCACAACUGUAGGUGUUUAUGAUACAUCCCUUGUAAGACACGUAACACUUGAUGAGGCUGAUACAUUACUUGACGACUCUUUCAAUGAUCAAGUGUCACGAUACAUCUCCAAAUUCCCAGUUCAAGGAAGUAGAUAUGAAGAGAAGCAGCAGCAGCCAUUAGUAAUGUCUGGUAUACAGUUAACACUAGUAUCAGCUACACUGCCACUCAGCCUCCACACUAUCCUGGAUCCUAUUGUAGAUCUUGAAUCUAUUACAAAUAUCACAACUCCAUACCUCAACCACCUCAUGCCACAUGUAUCUCAGCGUUUCUUUCGCGUUAACCACCUAACAAAGGCAGAGAAACUCUUGGAAUUGGUAAAAAAAGAUGCAAAAAAAGGAACCCCAGUUGUGAUAUUUAGCAACUACAGUAAGACAUGUGAUUGGCUAUCAUUAUUCCUAAAUGAGAACGGCGUGCCAUGUAUCAGAUUUCAUGGCAACAUGCAAGCUGAAAGUAGAAAAGGUCUCUUUGAGACUUUCCAAUCUGGCAAAGUACUGGCCCUCUCCUGCACAGAUUUGGCAUCACGUGGCUUAGAUACUGUUACAGCUGGCCAUGUGAUCAAUUUCGAGUUUCCAAAGUUCAUUGCUGAUUAUAUACAUCGAUGUGGACGAACAGGAAGAGUUGGCAGCAAAAUGACUGGUUUAGUGACAAAUUUAGUACACCGUCCUCAAGAAAUUGAACUUGUUCAAAAGAUCGAGUAUGCAGCAAGGAAACUUGAGGCGUUCUCUAAUGUAAAUGCAAAUAUCAAGAGGAUAAUUGUUGGAAAAGCCUUAACAGGGCAUGAUAACCUUUCAAAAAUGAGCUUAUGAAUAUCACAAAUUGUCAACAGAAAAGUAAUAAAAUAUGAAAAUAAAAUGGAUGUAUCGAGAGGUGUAGAUGCUAAAAAUUAAUAUAAUUUUGUUCAAGUCAGUGUGAAAAACUAUCAUGAACAUUAAUAUUUUCAUUACCAUUGUCAUAAUGUGCUGUGCCUGAAAAUUUCAUGAUCAUAUUAUCACAUAAAUGUACUUCCUCAGAUCAAACAUCUGGGUUUGGCACCUUGUGUAUGUGUAUGGAUGAAAGAACAUAUGCAUUCACAUAGGAUAUCUUUAUUAGAAACAUGGAGACUGGCACAAAGCUGACACAUGGAGAGAGAAAGAACAAUUAGAGAGGAACUUCAAGAUAUUUCACCUGUGGAACAGGAUUCUUCACUUGAUACACAGGGAUGCAUAAGUAUAGUUAUACAAGUGUAGUCAGGCGAGUGGCCAGGUCACUGUAAGGGCACUGCAGGAGGCCAAUCGGUCCUUCUGAUAACCUCUUCAUGUAAGACAAGACAAUUGUAGCUUAAGGUAAUUGGAAGAACUGGUAGGCUUCCAGUGCCCCUAUCUCAUACUUAACACAGUGACAGUCACUCUUCCUGACUAUGCAUGCAUGUAUGACCUUGUUAUCCAUCCCUGUGUUUGACUAAAGAAUCCUGUUCCAUAAGUGAAACACACCAAUAAAGUUCUACUCUGGAACUGCAUCCUUGCUUUCCCCUUUACUGGAUACAUUUCAGUCCAGGGACUUUAGUCACCCCAGAUGAUACAAGAGCAGAGAAUAAGUGAAAAUGAUAUAUAUAAUGAAUGCAAGUCAUAGGUGAUUGUCAGGUCAUUUAACUGCCAUGUCAUAUGGCAUCUUGGAAGCAGUGUUUAGCAUUAUCACUUAUGUACUAGUUAAUAUGAUGUGUGCCUGCUCUUUGUUCUAUAGCAUUGGAAGUAGCAAUUUAGAAUGCUUCAGUACAGUGGUACCACUUCCUAUCUGACUGCAGAUCAUUCCUGCAUUGUUCCUGUGCAUGAGUUGUCCCCCCAUUAGACCUGCACAUGACAUGCUUUUCUGGUGUCAUUCCAGUUACAAGUAUAUGUAUUUGUGUUCUUAGAUCCAUGUGAAAAUAGUGCUUACCUUUCCUCCUAUGCAGAUCUUAUUGCAUCCUCCACAUGGUAUGGCAUACACUCCUACUUCACUGUUGGGUAUCAUAAGGAUCUCUUCCAUAUGAGGUCUCAGAUGGAAGACAUGGCCAUGUCAGUUACUUUAAAGAUGUUACUUUUAGAAAAGGCCAGUGUGGUGGUGGUGGUGGCCACUUCUCCAGGCAGAAUCAAGAAUCUGAGUUUCUCAGUAGUGGAGGUAGAAGUGAGGAGACAUAAGCAUGUGAAGGCAUGGGUAAUGCACUGGAAUUCUUCUUUUAAGAAUUUAUGACUGGAGAUAUAAGUAGCUCUUAAGAAAAACCCAAUGAUCACACCUUUUUUUUUUUUUUUUUUUUUGUACUGUUGUUGUGGGGUAAGUAGAAACGAGUAAAAUCAUCUUUAUAUGUGGGCUUUCUGUAGACUGAAACAAAGGGUUUCUUUGUUGGGUGACCUGCAUAGGAUAUCAAGAAAUGGUAGUUUGCCUUUGUUUUUCAGUUCAAGAGUGAAUUGAUAGUUUUUAUGUUGAUCUUCUGAAGGUCUUAUAUGUUAAAUCGUAUGGAGUAUAGACCAGAAUGCCAUCAGUAUAUCUGAGCCACAUAACUGUGUUAGGAAUGAUAUUGCAAAAGGCUUCAGUUUCCAGUACUGCACUCAGUAAACUUUCAAUACCUAAGUCAAAUCACUGCUUGAAAAACUUUUUCACCUCAGGAGGAGUUGAAAUUAACGGACAGCUUGAUGAUGGCUUGAAGUAAUGGUGGAGUAGAAGUUUGUGUCACUUGUAAGUCUAUGUUGAGUAUAUCAAUGAAAGUAAAAUGUAGACUUUCAGGUGACACCAAUAACUUGCCUCUACACCACCAUAACUUCAUAGACCUCAUUGAGCUGUGUGUUAAUUUCAGUUCUUAAAGGUAUGAGAAUCAUUUUUUCAAGCAGUGCUUUGACUUGGCUAUGGGAAGUCCACUGAGCCCAGUAUGUACUGGUAAAAAAAAAAUUAUGGAAAACUUGGAAGCUGAUGUUUUGAAAUAUCAUUGAUAACCCACUGACCUGGCUAGGCUAUGUUAAUGACAUUUUGGUCAUGUAUCCCAGAAGACUAAACAAAACCUUCAAAAGAUCAGCAACAUCAAAUUCACUGUUCAACUAUUGUUCUUGAUGUUCUAUGCCGGUCACUGAAUAAAGACACCCUUUUGUUCAAAGCCUACAGACACUGACAUUUGUGCCAAAAGAGCUAUAAUCAUUGGGUUUUCCUAAAAGCUAUCUGUAUCUCCACUUCUAAAUUCUUAGACAAUAAUUCCAGUUCAUUACUUGUACCUUUACACACACUUCCCUCUCUACUUUAUGCAAGACUUCUAAGACUAUGCUCAACUCUAUCAAUAGUGCCAUUACUGAGGAUCCCAGAUUUUACCUGGAGAAGAAGUAUCCAUCACCUUGCAGGUUGUGUCCAGAAGUAGCAUCCAUAGCUGCCACAGCUGUGUCUGUCUUCCAUUAGACCUCACCAGGAAGAGAGAUCCUUGUGACAAUAGUGAAGGAGUGUAUACUAUACCAUGAGGAUGCAACAAGAUAUACAUGGAAGAAACAGAGAGGCAUCUUUCCACACAGGUCAAUGAACAUAAAUCUGCAUGUAGCUUGGAUGAUGCCAGCAAUGCUUGUGUGGUACACAGGUCUAAAGAAGGACCAUCUCAUGCACUUGAACAAUGCAGAAAUUAUCUACAAAGAGUAUAAAAGGGAUAAACACCACUAUGUAUAUGUAUUGAAGCAUCCUUAAUUGCUGCUUCCAACACCACAGAACAAAGGGCUGGCAAAUACUUCUUGAGUACUCUUUUACUCGUGAUACUUCUCCAUCCUACUACCCAGCUGCCCUGUAAUACAGCAAUUAGUUGACCUGACACCUUCAUCUGGUCAUCACCCAUGACUUUCAUUUUCCACUAUAUAUACUGUUUUCUCAUUCUCUUGUAUCAUUUGCAGACAAUGGCCCAGGACUGAAAGGUAUCCAAUAAAGAUGUUCUUACCUCCAUUUUGUCACCUUCAGUAUACCAUUUACCUUCAUGAACAUGUGUAUUAAUAAAGCAUCUGGAUUGGGCAUCUUGUGAAUAUAGUAAUAAAAAAAUACUGACAAGUAGAUAAGACACAUGUACAGCCCUUUUGGUAUCUUUUUCUGAAACAUUUUGCCUGCACAUCAACCUUCUUCAAUCAGAUGCAGAGGUGAUGGUCAUACUGGAUUCUAUUGAAGAAGAUUAUUAUUAUUAUAAUCAAAAAGAAGCGCUAAGCCACAAGGACUAUACAGCUAUUGAAGAAGAGAUUUUGAGAGGUUCAGUUUCUCAGCCUUGAUAGACACAGAGAGGUAUUUAUGAGAUAUUCAGGCCAUAGCAUUAGGCAAAGAUGUGGAUUGGAGAACUUCUACCAAGACGGAGGGACUGAACACUUGAAAGUCUCUUCAAUUGUCUCCAGUAUGUCACCUCUGUAUUUAACUGAAGAAACUUCCUGCAGAGGUAAAGCAUUUGAGAAAUAAAGAUACCUAACUGCUGCACAUGUCUUGACAUAUAACCCAGUGCCCUUGUGGUUUAGCACUUUUUUUUAUUAUAAUAAUAUAACCCAGUUAUUUCACUGAAUGUGCUAAGCUGUAUAACCUGAAGAUGUACAACCCAUAUAUUUGGCAUUUGUUUUAAAAUAUAAUAAUACAUAAUCUAAAUGACAUGGAACACUUUUUAAUUUCAUGCUGAUUACCACACAUUACCAGUCUUGAAACUAUGGCAUUAGCAUAAAAUUUUUGUUGAUUGGGUCAGGGUUAUUAUACUUCAUCUGAGGAAUAGGAUAACAGGUCCAAUUCCUUGGAUCAAGGGCUCUUACCAUGUAUUAUUUAGAGCUGUAUGAUCCAUCUGGUUGCUCUUUUUGAAAUGGAAUUUACACAAUCAGAUUUGGUAAUGGACAAAGCAUGUUUCAAAAAGAUGGAUAAAGGAUACAGAGGUAUGAUAAAGUGUGCAAUAUGAGUGGUGUGAGUUGCAGCUAGUAUCUGUCUAGUAAAAAUGUUACUCACGAAAUCGUAAUGACACGAUUGCAGACAAACCAUACCAUGGGUGGGGUUUGAACCCACGGUCAGUCAUCACGGCCAUGCUAACGGGAGAUUCGUCUGUAAACCUUGCAUUUGUGGUCACAGUGUAUGGUGUAGAAAUAUACCUAGUUGGAUGAAUCUUAUUGAAGCUAGCUGGCCCAGUGGCUAAUGUGACGGUCUGGAGUUUUGAGAGACUGACCGCGGGUUCAAACCCCACCCGUGGUAUGGUUAGUAAAAAUAUUGUAUUGUAACUAAUAUCUGGAUUGUUACAAUACUGUAUUUCAUCCAGUAUCUGGAUACUUGAGAGUUCUUCACUCUGCAUGGGAACCCUUUGAUAUUGGUGACACACACAGUUGGUGCAGAGCAAACAUUUAUUAUAGACAUUUUACUCUGGGUAUUUGUGAUAAAUGGUUUGAAAACCGACAAGUUGAAGAUUGAGACACUUAUGCAACAUAUGGGAAUCUUUAUUAAGGAAACAUUUUGCCACACAGUGGCUUCUUCAGUCAAUAUAAAAGCAGAGAGGGGUGAGGUGGGGUGGGGGGGGUAAGGACAGGAGGGGUUUGAGCUAAUCAGUCCCUCAGCCUGGAAUCAAUGUGUUCAGUCCAUCACUCUUGUAGAAAGAGUGGACUAAACACAUCGAUUCCAAGUUGAGAGACUGAUUAGCUCAAACUCCUCACCUUACCCCUUUCUGCUUUGUACUGACUGAAGAAGCCACUGUGUGGCAAAACGUUUCCUUAAUAAAGAUUCCCGUAUGUUAAAUAAGUGUCUCAAUCUUCAACUCUGGGUAUUAUCAUCAUUCAGCACUAUGACCCUUUCAGGUUAAGUGCUUAAUUUUUUUAUUAUUACGGAAAAGUGUAAACCGAUGGGGGUCAUACAGCACCUGGGGAAUGGAAAGCAAUCAGGAUCAGUCCAGAUGUGGAGGACAGGUAUAAUUCUUCGUAUCAUGAGUCUCUUAUUGGCAUAAAUGCACCUUCCUUGAGGGUUCAUUCUGGGUUAAGUUUUGUCACAUCAUGACUUAAUAAAGCAAUAGCCAAAGAUAAACAUUGUCUCUAAUAAAGGUUUGCUCUACAUCAGAAUUCUUUCUACCAUACAGUUAAACACUGCUGAGUGGGGCCAGUAACUGGGUGGGGUUCUUCAGUAGACCAAACCUCAUCCUUAGUGAAACUUUUGUAAGCCAUGGCCCUUGUGGCUUAGCGCUUCUUUUUGAUUAUAAUAAUAAUUGUAAGCCAUGAAUGGGCAUAGUGUUUCUGAAGGAGACCUGAGCCAGGAGCAGCAUCAUGAAAAAUCUUCUGGCAACACAGUGUCCUCAAAAGUGUUCAUCCACAUCCAAGCUAGGUCCCAUUGUUGUGUUGAAAGCUCCCUAGAUGUGUUCUUAGAGUCCUGAUGAGGCUUUCCAAGGUCCUAGUGACAUGUGCAGAGACUGAAAGAUGAAACCAUGUGUGAAUGUAUCAUUAUUUGUCAUUUAUGAAAUAAGAAACUUUAUGACCCACACAGAGUUUGGCACAUUUUUGUGAUAAUGAUAUGGAAUAAGAAAUAAAAUUUAACCUAGUCUAUA